CCGGGGCUUGGUAGCAGGUUGCGUUGCGCCGCAGGCAGGCAGGCAGGCGUCAGGCGGGCAGGCAGGCAGGCAGGCAGGCGGCUCCAGCGGGGAAAGCGCGGAGGCGGCGGCCGCCGAAGAAGAAGGAAGGCAGAGAGAGAGGCAGGAGGGCACCCAGACCUCGGCCUUGUCUACGGGAGCAACACCUGCGGGCCUGAAAAGAAGCCGUUUUGCUUUCCGCUUAACAGGGAUAUUCUGAGGACGCUGGCGGAAAAGCAUUCUAGGGGCUGGCCGGACCCAGAGCCGAUGGCACAGAAUGUCGACCACUAACAACAUCGCCCAGGCCCGGAAGCUGGUGGAGCAGCUGCGGAUUGAGGCCGGGAUCGAGAGGAUAAAGGUCUCCAAAGCCUCCUCGGAGCUCAUGAAUUACUGCGAGCAACAGGCCAGAAACGACCCUUUGCUGGUGGGCGUCCCUGCCUCAGAGAACCCCUUCAAGGAUAAGAAGCCGUGCACCAUCCUAUAGCCUGCCUCGCUGUCUCCCCACAUGGCCGCCGGCCUGCGUCGAUUGGAAGCCAAGCCACGCAGACUUUGAAGCUGCCGCGCAGAGAGGCAAAGGGCUGCACCCCGAGGCUCUGUCGGGGUUUGGCUUAGACUAGCCCAAGAGGCUUCAGAAAUUCGGAAACUGAAGUUGGGUGCUAGGUUAGGGGGAAAAGGUGCAGGAGGCAGGGGGAAAUGCCCUUUUUGAAACCACCCUGACAUCCGGGUGGGUGGGGGGAAGGAGGGGUCUUGGCCUAGCUGCCCGUUUCACUUUGACCCGGCUUUUACCCCCAGAGGCAAGAGGAGAGAUGUGGGGCUGGGGGGAGAGGCAGGGUGUCUGUGCAUCAGUGCUCCUUUCGUGUGUAUAAAAUUCAUAUUUUGCAAGUGACUGACUUCGGAACCAGGGCUUCGGGGUGGGGGUCAGCUAGCGGUGGGGGGGGGAUCAGUGUUCAAAGGAGCCAUAUUUGAAAAUAUAAAUAGAGAGAAGGAGGGGAAAAAACCAUGCAAUGUCCUGUCCAUUCCCAAAUGUGCCCCCUAGUUUGGAAACAGUACAUACCCCCUGCAGGACGUGUAACAGGAGGUGGGCGAGGGUAGGUGGGCGAUGCCCUUUUCUGUGCUGAGCCCACGGGACAAAGGAACCUGUUUCCAGAGGAAAUGGCAAUCCCCCCCCCCCAGUGAGCACACCCUAACAAUUCCCUCCCUACCAACCAGCCUUUGGCGUUCUCCUCUGCCUUCCUUAACAAACCAUCUGAGCCCCCUCGUGCUGCUAGACACCGCCACGCCUGCCAUCUCGCGAGCCCCCUCUUUCCCUCUUCGUCAGAUUGGUGGGAGUCACGGAACCGGGAGCCCACCUUCCCAGCUUAAUGCUCCCGACACAAUGCACACAGGCCUCUGUGCCGCAAGCGGAAGAACUUGAGGGGUAUGUGGGGUGUGUGUCUUCCUUCCCCUGGAAGAGGAGCGAAGCGUGCGCUGCAGUCUGAGAAGACUCGCACGCGUUGGAGAGGGAAGGUCAUGAUCACAACGGAUGCCAACAGAGCAUCUCUGUGCUGCUAGCCGAUGACACCGAAGGUCACCUUCGGUUACAGAAAGGAAGGAAGUGGACAUCACAGCCCAGGUGAAUAGUGCUCAUUAGCUGCAGGCAGAUUUUUCAGGCACUUCUUAUUGAAGGAAUGAUGGGGAUGAACUGAACUCUGGGAAGUUCCUAUCAAAGCAACAGGUUUCCAACACACACACCCUCCAGUCCUCUGUGCUGGCUGGAGGCGUGUACGGCUGUCUCCUUUAACUCAGAUCAUGAGCAUUUCAUGAAAGCAUAAUUCGGGCUCUUCAGGCGAGCAAGAAUAUCAGAAGGGGCCCACCUGGUCUAGCAUCCUGCAGUGGCCGAAGGGCUCCCCAAUUGGGAAGAAGCCCCCAAGCAGGGCACAGUGGCCCACUCCUCCCUGGGGAACUUAUUUUCGGGGUGGAGACUUCCGAAUCCACCCUCAGCCAGGCCCCAGAUGCGCACGUGCCCCAAAGAGGCUGCUGCAGACGUAGAUUCCAUGAGAAGGGACAUUUCCCAGGGGGGCGGGAGUGAGCAUGGGUUGAUCCCGCACGUGUGCUGCCCUUGCUUGGAUGUGCCACACCAGGAGCCAGACAACGAGGGUCCGAAGGAACGCCUCUGUGGCUCGUUGUCCCUUUCCCCUCCGCCCUCUUGACAGGCCAGGUUUCCAGGGCAAUGAGGCCUGGCCAGGAGGGUCGCAUUUUGUUGUGCCUUCAGCAUCCCCACAUUCCUCUCCCUCUCCAAGCAGAACCCUUUUGAGACGUUCCUCACGAAACCAGCAAACGUGGCCCGAAGGCAGGCAGGUGGCUCCAUCGGGGCGUGGUGUGUCGCCCCCCACCCCCUUAUUUCUGAGGAGGAGGCUCCUUUUCUCCUGCCCCAGCCUUGGGGCCCCUUCUCGCCUGCUGUCCACGGUGCUACUAGGGAGGCCAGAAACGUCUUGGCUUCCUCCCGGUGCCGGCCAAUAUUUCUCCGCCUCCUCUCUGCAGGCUCCCCGCCACGCUGUUCCCAGGCAGUGGCCAGCAUCACCACAAGCCUUUGCAGGAGGAGGAGAGCGCAGGACUGCGCCCAUGCACACACACCCCCUUGGUCUUGCUCCGCUCGGAGACAUGCAACAGACGCCAGGCUGGCUUUGGUGGGGCCCAGGAAGCCGCCCCCAUGCCCCAGUCAGGGUGGGGUGCAAGUCUAGGCACGGCCGGAGCCAGAGGGUCCCUCGUCUGCCUUUAUUCCGCCUUUCAGGGGAUGUGCAAUGCGAAGGGGGAAUCCAUUUGCAGGAUUUAACAGUUAAACAGUGCCAAAGGACCAUUUGGGGGGGGGCAAAGAGGCAGAUGAAGGCCACUUUUUUGGUAUGGCACAACUGAGGUUGCUGAAUGGCACUGUGGGGGGGAAGCCUUCUGUGCCGAGAGAUGGGCCUUCCACCAGGGGCUGAUGACUCACAGUUCUCCAGCCGCCAGUGAAUCAGCUGGCCAGUCCUGCCAUGCCCCAGGAAGACUGGGUGAAACAGCCAUGAUCUUUUUGGAGGGUUUCCUGUGGACAGGGAGAGGCAGACAGCCAGGAGGGCGUGGGGAGGACACGUCUGUGUUUGGGGAGCGGAGGCGGGGAUCCCGAAGGACUCCCAAAUCCAUAAAUCUUUCUGGUUUCCCCCCCCCUUCUAUAAUAACUUAAAUGAGUGACUGUAACCUGUAGGUGUUUUUUUUUUUUUAAAUACAUACAUAUAUAUAGUAUAAAUCUAAGUGCGGAUCAGCAGCUGCUUGUACUUCUGUGCAUUUGUUUGGACAGGACAGGACCAAGAGAGAGCCAAAGGCCUCUGGGUGAGGAGGAGGCCCUGUCUCCUUGGGUGCAGACAUGAUCCCCUUGAGCCUGGAGGAGCCGUUUCCCGGAACUUGCCCUGACAGCCAAAGGGCAAGGGGGAAGGAACCAGGCUGUGCGCUUGCCCCUCCCAAGGAACAAGCCAUGGGGCGCGCGUGUGGCUCGCUGCUCCAACCCAGAUCGGGCUCUUCUGGGCCUCAGCACUUUAUCUGCCUGCCGGCCAGAACCUACCUUAGGCCACCCCCUCUGCCGGCCACCUCCAUCCCAUUCACAGUGGCCAAGGUGCCUGGCCCGGUCAGUUCUUGGCCAUCUUUUAGCCUCGCUGGCAGAGUGGCCCAAUGUGUCACUGUUGCAGCAAAGAGGGGAUUUGGAUGGUGUGGAGGGGGGAUUUGUCACAAGCAAGGGGGGGGGGAGAGAAGCCAAAGACCCCUUUUGUACGCUGGUGUGAAAGAGUGCAGGAACCAGACACACACACCACCUUCCUAGGCGUCUGGCUGUGUCAGUCACUUUUCCGCUGCUCUGUUGCCAUUUUAAGGAGGAGGCAGCCAAUGUGGCCUCCCCAACACACAGCCAAUGGGCAGGAGGACCCCAUCACCACCCCCCUGGGACACCCCCCAUGCUCGCCUCCUGCGAACCAGGCCUUACCUGAGCCUCACACCCCCGCUCACUCCCUCACUCCCUCCCUCUCUCUUUCUGCCAAACUCUUGUUUAAAGAAGUACUUUCCAAGGUUGACUCUUCUUUUUUUUAAAUUUAACAAGGUUAAACGUGUGUUUAUUUCAGUUUUUUUAAAAAAAGACGCACCAGCCACACGUAUGUUUUUGUGCUUUUAAUUUCACUCUUUCUCUCUGGUUGACUGUUCUCACUUGCCAAAUCCUGAUAUUGUUGCCAAAAGGAAACGGAGAUUUGUAAAGAUUAUAUUUUAGGGAAGUAAAACGUGUGUCUAUCCCAUAAGCUUGAUCAUCUCCCUCUCUCUCUCUCUAGUUUCUACUUCUUUGUUUACUUUCUUUUUUGCAAUUUCUCCAUUUUUCCGGUGUGCCAUAGACCAAUUUUUCUUGCACAGUGUUUAAUAUUUUGUGGAAUUGCUGUUUUUUUUUUAAAAAAAAAGUAAAUCGAUAACACAAUGAAUUAAAAAGUCACUUUUG